AGUCCUCCUUCUCUCAACCCCAGGCUCUUUUUCGCUCUCUCGAACCCCAGGCUCUCUCUCAAACCCCAGGCUCUCUCUCCUGGUUAUUCUCUUUCUCUCUCUGUUCUGGUUCGUAGAGUGUGUAGUGUGGUAGUCGUAAAGCAGGGUAAAGGUAGAGAGAGAACCGGACCCAAGUCACGAGACCCACAUUCUCCAAGAAGCCCAACUUCACUCACUUUCUCCCUCUUUCUUCAAAACCUCAACGAAAAAUGACGACCCUCACAAUCAGUCCCUGCGAUUGAAUUACCACACCAUGGGGUCUGUAUCGCUCUUCAAACCAACCAUCACCAUCUCCAGCAAACCUCUCUCUCGCCCCACUCUCUCUCUCAUAAAAAGCCCCACCUUCUCUCUCCUGAAAAACCCCACUUUCUCUCUCAUAAAAACCCCGAUCUUAUCUCUCCUGAAAAACUCCAAUUCCCCUGUCAUCAAAACCCCUCAUCCUCACUCUCUCUCACUCCUCAGAUCAAGCUGCAAAAAACCCAUCUGCCAAAGCCCAUUCGCAUCUUUGCAGGCAUCAGACGGCUCCUCAUCUCACCUUCCAGAAGGCAAUAACGCACCAGGACAAGACCAUUACACACCCCUUCUUAGCAACUGGUCGCCACCUCGCUAUCUAUGGAGAGGCAUAUCAGUCUUUAUACUUGCAGGCCAAGUGAUUUUCAGGAGCUUGACAGGCAAAAUCCAUUAUCAAAACUCGCUUCAGCAACUGGAACGGGUAGGCCCAAGGUCAGUUGGGGUGUGCUUGUUGACUGCUACUUUUGUUGGUAUGGCUUUCACGAUACAAUUCGUAAGAGAAUUUACAAGAUUAGGAUUGAAUAGAUCAGUUGGUGGUGUUCUCGCCUUAGCUUUCUCUAGAGAACUCAGCCCUGUGGUGACCUCUAUUGUAAUUGCAGGCCGAAUCGGCAGUGCUUUUGCAGCUGAAUUGGGCACAAUGCAGGUUUCAGAGCAAACUGAUACCUUGAGAGUUUUGGGUACAAACCCAGUUGAUUAUUUGGUAACUCCAAGAGUUAUUGCUUGUUGUAUAGCUUUACCCAUAUUGACCUUGCUUUGUUUCGUUGUGGGCAUGGCUGCCAGUGCUCUUUUAGCUGAUGCCGUUUAUGGGGUUAGCAUUAAUAUUAUAUUGGAUAGUGCAAAAAGAGCCCUAAGGCCUUGGGAUAUUGUGAGUGCCAUGGUAAAAUCAACUGUUUUUGGUGGUAUAAUUUCGAUUGUGAGCUGUGCUUGGGGUGUUACAACUCUUGGGGGUGCUAAGGGGGUGGGCGAGUCGACUACUUCAGCAGUUGUUAUCUCUCUGGUUAGUAUAUUCAUUGCUGAUUUUGUGCUCUCUUAUUGCUUCUUUCAAGGGGCUGGUGACUCGCUUAAGUCUGCAAUGGGGUGACUUGGAUCAUGGUGGGCUGAUUUUGUGAUGUGGUUUUAAGGGUGGUUCGCCAUUCACAGUAUUUGGUAAUCAUGGUUACUGGUCAGGACAUUGUAAUGAUUAUUAUUGCAUGAAGUUUCAUGUUCUAAAUGUCCAGAGUUUGCUAUUACUUUCAGAAAUGGGGUUUCUCUUGUAUGUAUUAUUCAAUGCCAGAUGAAUGGAAAGGUCAGAGUUGCUGGUGAUUUUGUUUAUUUGAUU